CAAUGGCACCACGCUCACGGGACAGAGAGGGAGUCUCCCCCUAAAUCUAGCGCCGUAAGUUCGUAACAAACAGAAGCAGCCGACCUCUUCUCCUUCGUUCUCCUUCUUCAUCGGUUUCUUUCUUCCUGUACCCUGUCAUCUUGUCCCUUGGAUUGGAGGAGAAGCGUCGGACAAGCACAGCUACAUCAUGAGCAGCGUCGUGGGGCGCACCGGGCGAUGGCUGCUCCACCGACAGUCCCUACGUCUCCUCCUUCAGGACUCUCCCACGUUGUCAUCGUCGUCGGCUUGUUCUUCGGCGAUGGUGGCAGCGGCUUCUUCUUCCGUUUAUGGCCGCAACGCCUCCUCUGUGUUUUUCACCAGGAUGUGGUGCGGUAGCAGGGGUUUUGUGCAACUACGUCACCUGCACCAGAAGCCGGGCGAGUCCGUUGCUGCUGCGAAUGCCUCGUUUUCAUCGUCCUUUGUGUGGGUGAGGUGGUAUUUGGCGAUGAUUGAGAGGCAUCCUGUGCUCACCAAGGCCGUCACCGCUUCCUUCAUAUUCACCGCCGCUGAUGUUACAUCCCAGAACGAGGCCGUCACCGCUUCCUUCAUCUUCACCGCCGCAGAUGUUACAUCCCAGGUUCUUACUCAUGCAUCGUUUGAUUCCUAUGAUCAAACAAGAACCUUAAGGAUGGCAGCAUAUGGAUUAAUGAUUUCAGGACCGUCUCUUCAUCUGUGGUUUAAUUUCUUGUCUGGGAUUCUGCCAAAAAGAGACAUGUUGAGUACUUUCAAGAAAAUGGUUCUUGGACAGGUCACUUAUGGGCCCUUCAUAACAUCUGUUUUCUUUUCUGUGAAUGCUGCUGUACAAGGUGAAAGUGGUGCUGAAAUAGUCCAGAGGCUAAAGCGAGACCUGGUUCCAACCCUUUUAAAUGGGCUUGUGUACUGGCCAAUGUGUGAUUUCAUCACCUUCAAGUUUAUUCCUGUCCGCUUACAGCCCCUGAUCAGCAAUUCUUUUGCAUUCAUUUGGACAAUUUACCUCACAUAUAUGGGUAAUCUCAAGAAAGCAAGUGCAAGCAAGACACUGGCUAAUUGAUUACAGGCACUCCAGUCUCGUGUUGCAAAAAAUUUCGUUCUAUUCUCUGUUGUUUUGUAGCUUAUGAGAGGUUAAAUUUACCUGCCAGAAUACAAUUUGGAGUUGGAUUACCUGUUUGCCUUCUUUACUGCUGACAGGUCGGCAAUCAUCAUAGGGACUUGCAGUUGAGAAAAUCAAUUGAAUAGAGAGGACUUGUUAAAAUCUGUUCUCCCCAGUUCCACUGUCGUGGAAUUGCCUACCUUGAAUGGUUUCCGUCGUUUGCCAUUCUGUUGUUUCCUGUUAUAUACCACGACCUUUGUUUCUGCAGACCGCAGUUCCAGUCCUCUAUCAGCUUAUGGCUAUUGGCUGUAAUCAUUUUUUAUAUGUUUUGAUGCUUUAACAUGUAAUACAAAGGAAAGAUUCUCUCUC